AUGGCCAUUUUUGUUGUCCUUUUAUGCAUCGGAGUUUCCAUCAGAAUCUCCCAAUCGUCUACCUGUCAUGCGCAGUGUGAUUACGACCACGUGACUGCAAGGGUUGACUGCUCCUCCCGUAAUCUGAGCUGUAUCCCCGUCAACUACCCUGACUCCCUCGUCAUGGAUCUCAGCCACAAUGACAUAUCGGUGCUGGAACCAGACGACUUCAGCGGGACGUUCACGAGGUUGGUUGAGCUGUACCUUGACUACAACAACAUAUCUGAUGUGACGUCACUGCUGGACGCAACCGGGUUGGGAAGCCUGCAGAGACUCUCGUUGCAACACAACGUCAUUUCAGCAUUGCAGUUUUCAUGUAGCCUCAACUCCCUGAUCAACAUCUCGCUUGACUAUAACUUCUUAAGUGGGUCUUUUUCAUUUCCACGGUGCACAGCUUUGGAAUACCUUUCGGCAAAUUUUAACCUUGUUAAUGGAUUUAGUUAUUAUAAUUUAAUCUCUGCAAUAAGCUUGCAGUUCAACGAAAUAUCUUCCUUCAGGGUAACAAGCACUGAUGUCAGUACACUCCUAUUAGAUAACAAUAAAAUUCAUCGCUUUUCAUUUACUGGUAACACGCUUAACUUAGUCUCCCUCAGUCAUAAUAAGCUGACUACUUUAACCUUGACAGUUUUAUCCUUGUAUGAGCUCAAUAUAGCAAACAACGAAUUCAAAGACAUUCAAUCAGUUGAUGUACGUCAAAGCGGUGGAAACAAUUUGAAGAAACUGGAUAUAAGCAGUAACUCAUUUGAUUCCCUGAUACAACCAGAUUGGGCAGAAGGUCUUCAGAUCUUACACGCUGAUGACAACAUACUGGCCAACCUGUCCUCUACAACCCUACAAGGAUUUAGCAGCCUGACGGAGCUCCAUCUAGCAAAUAAUCGACUCGUGUUCAUCUCAACAACCGCUCUGAGUCAACUCACUAAGCUACGGUCUCUGUAUCUCGAUGGCAACGCUCUCACGUCAUUUUUGGGUGGAGUAUUUCUCAACCAAACUGACCUAGUGGAGAUUUCCAUCACAAACAACCAACUCUCCGAGUUACAUCCGGAUUCUUUCCUCGGUCUGGACUCGCUCGAACGUCUGUAUCUCGCUGGGAAUCGACUGGUUUACGCCCACUCGGAGCUGUUCCGGCAGAUGCCUGACCUUACCACGAUGGACGUCUCCAACAAUGAACUUGAAGUCUUCGACAUCAGAAAUUGUAGCCGCCUAAGAAACUUAACGAACCUCAUGUUGGCUAACAAUUCAAUCUCUAACAUCAGCUUGAUACUUGGUCAUUGUGAGAACUUGGUUGUCCUGGACUUGAGUUUUAAUCAGAUCCAAGUUGUUCCUUGUGAAUCCCUUAAGGAGGGAAACAGAGCGCUAUCCAGACUUGAGCUUGAAGGCAACCCGCUUCAUUGUGACUGCCAAAGUAAGUUUCUAUGGCAUUGGCUCCGCAUCAAUCCCCCGUCUGUUCGCCCUCGAUGUCAAACUUUCUCAUUUGGAGAAUACAUAUGAUACACAAGACGAGGCGAGCCUAGUGAAACUGGUCGAAGAUGGUUUAGGUAUAGAUGGUCUCGUUAGACUUAACUUUUUGGGCCAACCAAUUAGGUGAGCAACAUAUUACAAUAACAAGUUCCCCGUACAUACGCACAAAGCACAUAAGGUUCCACAUUUUCUAUAGCUUAGCCCCUUAAACCCACGUUAAAUUCACGUCUGUCCAAGAUGCAGACCAGGAAACAAACAAACUUAGGAACCAAUGAUAAAUACUCAUCACAUUUAAAAAAAAA